AUGUCUGCUAUUCAAAACUUCAAUACAAUUGAUCCUUUUGCUGACACUGGUGAUGAUGAUGCUCAGCCUCUGAAUAACAUUCAUAUUCGUAUCCAGCAGAGAAAUGGUCGUAAAACUUUAACCACUGUCCAAGGUCUUCCUCGUGAAUUUGACUUGAAGCGUAUCUUGCGUGUUUUGAAAAAGGACUUUGCUUGUAACGGUACUAUCGUAAAGGACGAUGAUUUGGGUGAAGUCAUCCAACUUCAAGGCGACCAACGUGUUAACGUUAUGCAAUUUUUGACCCAGCAAUUGGGCAUGCAAAAAAAGAACAUUAAAAUCCACGGUUUCUAG